AUGUCUUUCUUCCCAGCAACCGUCCCAGCCGGCGUGCUCCUUUACCACGGAAACAAUAGCCCCAACUCGCCUUCAGAACCGGACUGGUUGGCAUAUGAGAUUGAACAUGCGGAAGAGUUCGCACGUGGUCGUCCUAGCAGACCGCCGGGAGGAGGUCCCCCGGGCGGACCACCCGGUGGACGGCCGGGAGGAGGACCACCAAGAGGACCCCCGGGAGGCCCGCCUCCACCACCUGCUCAUGAGGAUGCAGACCAACAACAUGUUCUUAGUGGGCGGAGAGAGAAGCGUGCUGAAGGCGAAGGAGGCUAUUUGCACGUCUACCGAGCCUCUGAGGAUCUCCACCUCCUCUACGUCGACGGCAUGAGCGGUGGCAAGACGAGGAUGGGAACGCUCGACUCACAAGACUACCUUUUGAGAGGCAGUAAAACCGACUCAUGGGCUGACCCGGAUUCAAGCAAAGUAAGAGGCGGCGGGCCGAUGGGAGAGCGUGAGCGUGCAGUUGAACUCUGCGACCUUGUGAAACCUUGGGGUCUACAUGGCAUCCUGCGCAUGGAGGCUGGCUUUGAGAUCAUUAUGUGCGACUUCACCAACGGCCUGGAGCAGGUUCAGGCCCAACGUCGCUCUAGCUCAAACCGCCGCAACGACCGUAACGGAGGUAUCAACCGUCUUGAGACUCUGCGCGGCUGGGCAGAGAGAUACCAGGGCAUUGGCGCCUCACGAACGCUGAUUGACUACUCAUCCAUGGUCUCUGCUUUCUUCUAUCCCGUCAACUUGACCAACCCGAAUGAGAGCCGACCUGAUCUUCCGAGACUGUCGUACGUAUCCGAGGCCGAGCUUGAGGUUAUCAAGAACCAUGUGCACGAGGCAAUCGAGUCGAGCAAAGGAGUCAAGAGGUCUCCGGUAGAUUGGCAGGGCAUCUCUGACCUCAUCGUCGGUCGAUUCGCUGACAGGAUCGAGUUCAUGGCAAGCACCGACUCAUCAUCUGUGUUGUUAGAGGAAAUCAACUUCAUUCUGGAUGUCUUCAUCAGCUACCCAGGAGACGACGGAAAACCUGAUCUUGCCGAGGCCGCGUCUCUCUGCAGAACCUUCUAUCUCCAGAUCAUGACCCCGUCUACGGAAGCCGACCGCCUCUUAUACGCGUCAUUCAAGACUGUGACUUCAGAGAUCUGCUCUACUCUGUUCGGAGUGAGAGAGAAACUGUCUAGUUCUUUCCAGAUCAGCAGAUCGGAUGUCAAGGCAUCCACGGAAGCCAUGCGGUCGCUGAUGGAUUUCCUAGGAUGGAGUCGUUUCAAGCGAUGCACGGGUUGUAGCCUGAACGAAGUUUGCUUCGUUCCUAUGUGGCCGAUGGGCAGCAAGGAGGAUUACUACCACCCGAGCUGCAAGAACGGGUCGAGCCUUCAUGACGGAGAAAGCUACUGGAAGAUGUGA